AUGAUGAGUCCUCACCCAGCGGUCCAGGCCGUGAUUGACUUAUCCGCCGGUGCCAUAGGUGGUGCUGCGUGUGUGUUUAGUGGACAGCCUUUGGACACAGCCAAGGUGAAGAUGCAGACGUUUCCGUCUCUGUACCGUGGCUUUGUUGACUGUUUCGUGUCGACAUAUCGGCAGGUGGGUCUGAGAGGGCUGUACCAGGGCACCACGCCCGCGCUCAUGGCCAAUAUUGCCGAAAACUCCGUCCUCUUUAUGAGCUACGGAUUCUGCCAGGAGACCGUCCGCGUCCUGGCUGGACUUCAGAGCGGGGCUCCCCUCAGUGAUAUGCAGAAGGCAUGCGCUGGUUCGGUGGCGUCUGUAUUCUCCUCUCUGGUGCUCUGUCCCACUGAGUUGGUUAAGUGUCGUCUGCAGGCCAUGCAUGAGAUGGCAGCCUCAGGCAAGAUCGCCAGCAGCCAAAAGACUGUGUGGUCAGUGGUGAAGACAGUUAUGCAUAAGGAGGGGCCAGCUGGGUUCUUUCAGGGUCUGACCACUACAAUCGCCCGCGAGGUUCCAGGCUAUUUCUGUUUCUUUGGGGCCUAUGAAUUCUGUCGCUCCCUGUUCGCUCAACACAUGCACUGCAGCAAGGAUGACAUAGGUGUAGUCCCCAUCGUGUUGAGUGGUGGUGUUGGGGGCGCGUGUCUGUGGUUGAUGGUGUAUCCAAUGGACUGUGUGAAAUCCAGAAUCCAGGUGAUGUCCAUGACUGGAAGACAGGCCGGAUUCUUCAAAACACUACUGACAAUCUCAAGAACAGAGGGUGUCCGCGCCCUGUACUCUGGUCUGACUCCCACCAUGAUCCGGACAUUCCCAGCCAACGGAGCUCUCUUCCUGGGAUACGAGGCCAGCCGCAAGAUAAUGAUGGAGCAGUUUGACAGCUGA